AUUUUCCCCAAAUUCCACUCGGAACGAGUGCGAGAUUUCCACUUCUUCCAGAAUCACCCUCCACUGUUCUUUCGCUGCCUUGUGCGUUCAAGGUCGUCUUUUCUAAUGGACGGGGAGACGGACCAGGUCAAAUCCACUCGCGUGGGGUACAAAAAGUCCCGAAAUGGCUGUAUACGUUGCAAAAAGCGGCGAGUCAAGUGUGACGAAGAAGUCCCUUGUUCCGCAUGUGUCAGGCAUAGAGUCCGAUGUAGCUUGGAGCUGGUCAAAUCGGAUGACUACCAAGAACAAAAACCUCUGACCAAUCGCUCUCUUCAACCACCCAGCCAUAGCCUAUCAGCUGGUAGUCCAGCAUCUCUAUUAUCCGGCUCCUUAUUCUCCAGUCCUCUCGAUGAACCUGAUUGUUGGGUUUCUACCGCGGAACUUAUGCUUCACUACACCACCGUCACAUACAAAACCAUGGUCUUCAACGAGAGAACCAUCCCAACCUUUCAACAACAUGUACCCCAAGUUGCCUUAGCAUAUCCCUGGUUUCUUCGGCAAAUAUUGGCUUUCUCAGGUUAUCACCUCGCUCAUCUUCACCCCGAAAAGAAACAAUUCUACCUCCUACAAGCGUCAAAACAUCAGAAUGCUUCUCUACGUGGACUCAGAGAAGCAUUAUCCGAACCAGUCAAUUCAUCAAACUGCCAUGCCUUAUACGCUAGCACUACGUUUAUAGUAGUGAACAAAUUCGCGGCAUUUCCAAACUGCGAUGACUUCCGUAGUCAUGGAUGUUCACAGCCUGUUCAGAGUUUGAUGGAGAUAUUCUCUCUCGUGAACGGUAUGGAGGCUGUUCUGCAUUCACCUGGAGCUGCGGAUCUCAUGAACGGGCCUCUGAAAGAACUGUUCAGUGAGACACCGCAUCAACAUGUGAACAGCUACCUUCUUCGCGGUCUUCAUGCACGGCUACCCGAGCUUGCUCGGCGGAUAUCAUCAGACUCGAUGGAAGAUCAGUCCAGAACUACACUAACUUCUGCGGUUGUUUCCAUCACCGACCGCGUCAAUGACGCUUUCGCAAAUCUGCAUAAAGUAUCACCGCCAGAGUUAAGGGUGUUGUUCUCCUGGCCUAUGUCUGUAUCCCGAGAUUUCUUGGAUCUGGCCGUGUCGAGCCAUCCGUUGGCUCUUGUGAUUCUGGCGUACUAUGAUAUUCUACUGUACUGGGGCGAAUCGGAGUACUGGUUCUUUGAGAAUUGGGCAGAAACAUUGAUUACUGCCAUUGUUGAAAAGGUCAAAGGCUCGCCGUGGGAAGAUCUUCUCAAUUGGCCUGUUGAAGUGAUCUUACACCAUUAGUAUCCCCGAAUUCCGGGAUAGCGUAUCACACUCGCAAAUAGCUUGGCAAGAUGGAUUGUAUUAACGUUCUUGGACACUUUAUGAAGUAUAAGUGUUAUUGUAAGAUUCUCCAGCAGCUGUUGAAAGAUUACGCGUCAUGCGUUGAAAUACUGGUGACGGGUUGCACCGAGGCGCUCUGUAUGCAGCUAACUUUUCAGCUGCUGCAGGACCCAUGUCUAGGCCAGCACUAUUGUCAAAAGAUGGAGGAAUACCUGCAGCUUUUCAGCCUCACUUGUGGCGACCUCGUAAUCAGAAGUCUCUGCCUAAUCGCAAAUGAAUAUAUUCUCAAUUCCAUCC